AAGGUCCCGAGUUCGAUCCCCGGUACCAAAAAAAACCAUCAUGAGUGCCCCAAUGUGUGCUCUGUAGUCUGGGGACAGCCCAAGUGGUGUUCAGGCUGAAGGCUUGGUGGGGGCAGUGGCCAGCAGCCUUCCAGGAGGCUCCUCCCAAUUCAGUCCCAUAUUCCUGUGCAGUUUACCGAGACUCAGAGCCAAGAGCUGGAACAAAUCAACCAGAUUAUCUCUGUUUGACAUUCCAAAGAGGCUUGGGGGAGGAUUUAUGGAUGGGGGCAAGAGCUGCCCUACUCAGCCUUCUCCUGGCCUGGGUGUGAUGUGAUCUCCCUUUGGUAGAACUCUGUCAAGCUGACCACUGAGUGUACUGGUGGGCUGGUCUGUCUUGUGGCUGGGACAAAGGACCGUCUGUACCUUGGAGAAGUUUGGCUGGGGCAGCCAAGAUCCAGGUGUGUGCAGCUGCCGGAAGGGGAGGCUCCCCAGUGCCCUCUAUGCCCUGGCUGCCUAGAGAUCCUCACUCCUGGACACUAGGAACCAAGACCCUAGGACUGAGCACAUGCUCUGUGCUGGCCUCUGAGGCUGCACCUCCUUAGUGCUGAUGCACUGAAGGGAAGGACAGGGGGAAGGGAAGGGGUAGGCAGGGGUGGCCAUGGCUGCUCCAGGCCCCACCUGGACUCCUGAGGCCGGGAGGGAGAGCUCCCAGGGGCUCUCAGGGGCCUGCUGCUGCUGAACCUCGCCCUUCCUGCCUCUUGGCAAGGUGCCAGGAAACUGGAACUUUGUUAUCUAGGUAAUUGGCUUCAGACCCUGGACUGAGGCUGGUCAGGUCUUAGGGCUACUUCCCACAGGUUGUGCACCCUGACCCCACAGGGAGGUGAGGCACUGUCCAUGCAGAGGCCCUGCCGGCCAAGCAGCUGAGGAGCCAGGCCUGUUUGGGAGUCCUGUGGGUGCCCUCUGUGCUGCCCUUGCUGCUUGGGCUUUGCCCCUCAGGGCUGCCUGGGCCUCUUGACCCAGUCUUGCCAGGGGCAGAGGGCACCAGGCCUUAGGAAGGGGAUGCCCUCGAGGGUGCCUGUUCAGCCAGCUGCCCCGCCCCUCAGGCCCAGCCUGGCCCCCAAGCUCCCCACAGUGGUGCCCCGAGCAUACCUGUGGGCAAACAUCUACCAUCAUGGCCGAGCACCUGGAGCUGCUGGCAGAGAUGCCUAUGGUGGGCAGGAUGAGCACCCAGGAUCGGCUGAAGCACGCCCAGAAACGACGUGCCCAGCAGGUGAAGCAGUGGGCCCAGGCUGAGAAGGAGGCCCAGGGCAAGAAAGUCCAUGGGGAGCGGCCACAGAAGGAGGGAGCUGGCCAAGGGCCACGGAAAAAGGUCCUUUUCCCUCCCAGCAUUGCCCUUCUGGAAGCUGCUGCCCGAAAUGACCUGGAGGAAGUCUGCCAGUUCCUCAGGAAUGGGGUCAGCCCUGACCUGGCCAAUGAGGAUGGCCUGACGGCACUGCACCAGUGCUGCAUAGAUGACUUCCAAGAGAUGGCGCAGCAGCUUCUGGAGGCUGGGGCUGAUGUCAAUGCCCAAGACAGUGAAUGCUGGACACCUCUGCAUGCUGCAGCCACCUGUGGCCACUUGCACCUGGUGGAGCUCCUCAUCUCCCGUGGUGCGGACCUCCUGGCAGUUAACACCGAUGGAAACAUGCCCUAUGACCUGUGUGAGGAUGAACAAACACUGGACUGCCUGGAGACUGCCAUGGCCAGCCAAGGCAUCACCCAGGGCAGCAUUGAAGAAGCCCGUGCAGUCCCAGAGCUGCGCAUGGUGGAUGACCUCCAGAGCCUGCUGCGUGCUGGGGCUGACCUCAAUGACCCCCUGGACCAUGGAGCCACACUGCUGCACAUUGCCGCCGCCAACGGGUUCAGUGAGGCGGCUGCCCUGCUGCUGGAGCAUGGAGCCAGCCUGAGCGCCAAGGACCAAGAUGGCUGGGAGCCGUUGCAUGCUGCAGCCUACUGGGGCCAGGUGCAUUUGGCAGAGCUGCUUGUGGCCCACGGGGCCAAUCUGAACGGGAAAUCCCUGAUGGAUGAGACGCCCCUGGAUGUGUGUGGGGAUGAGGAGGUGCGGGCCAAGCUGCUGGAGCUGAAGCACAAGCAUGAUGCACUCCUGCGAGGCCAGGGCCGACAGCGCUCCCUCCUGCGCCGCCGCACUUCCAGUGCAGGCAGCCGAGGGAAGGUGGUGAGACGGGUGAGCCUGACCCAGCGCACCAACCUGUACCGCAAGGAGCAUGCUCAGGAAGCUAUUGUGUGGCGACAACCACCACCCACCAGCCCAGAGCCACUGGAGGAUGAUGAAGACCGCCAGACAGAUGCUGCGCUCCAGCUUCCACCCCCAGAGGAAGAUGACCCCGAUGUUGCCAGGUCACACAAUGGCCAAGUAGAGGGCCCCCCAGGGCGGCACCUGUAUUCCAAGCGGCUGGACCGGAGUGUCUCCUACCAACUGAGCCCACUGGACAGCAUGGCCUCCAACAACCUGGUCCGAGACAAGGCCCACCAAACCCUGGCAGAUCUCAAGCGCCAGCGAGCUGCUGCCAAGCUUCUACGCCUAUCACCUGAGGGCUCUGAGGCCCCUGAGCCUAGCCUGCCUACUGACACUGAGACCUCCCAUCCAGGCUGUGGAUCCAGGGCAGGCAGAGACCCACCCAUGCUCAAGCUCACAGCCCCUUCGGAAGAGGCCCAUAUGGAAAAGAGGCCCUGCUGCCUCCUCAUGUGAGGGCCAGCGCUCAAGGUGGCAGGGUCCAAUCCCCAGGCCCAGCCUGAGUGUAUGCCCUGGUGCUGCAGGCAGGCAGCUAGUGUAGAAUCUACAGCUUCCCCCUCCCAGGACACUGGCCUUCUCAGGGAUGGACCUGUGGCAGAGCCAUACCUGCAACAUUGGCUGCAAAGACUUUAUCCUGUGACUCUUGAUAAAGGGCUGUUUGCCACGAA